AUGUCGGGAGCGGAUCAUGUUCUCGGGGUUGCCAAGCCGGCUGCUCGUAGUGCUACCACUAUCACUAUGCAUGCGCCAUCUCGAAACGAUACCCUUGCCCCUGUCGUUGAUUCCCACGCCACCGAAGGAGACACGGUCAAAGCAAUCUCGGUCACACCGGACUCGGAUGCCAUCCAAGACACAUCGUUGAUCUAUGACCUCCUCGCCAUCAUAGCGGCUGAAGUCGGCGUCGGCCCCGAGGACAUGACAGAGGAUACCAUCUUCAGAGAUCUCGGCGUUGAGAGCCUCAUGGCCAUCACGGUCCUGACCACGAUCAGAAAUGAGCUGGGUCUUGAUCUCCCACCCGCCUUCUUCGUGGACUACGACACGGUCGGUGCCGCGAAGCAGGCGCUGCAGAUGCAGAUGCAGUGCGAGGGGCGAACCCGAAUAGGGCGCGAAUGA